AUGGCCUACAACAUGCAAAUAUCCACUUCCAAAACAAAAACACUCGUAAUCGCUAAAGACCCCGUCAGAUGUAAACUCGCACUCGAUAAUAAUUUAGUAGAGCCCGUAAUGAAGUUUAUCUACCUGGGAGUGCAAAUAACCUCCAGUCAAAACAGAGACAAUGAAGUAAGGGUCCAAGCAAACAACGCUAGCAGGGUAGCAAGUGCUCUACGAGACGUAGUAUGGAACUACAAACACAUGGGGAAACAGGCUAAAACUAAGAUCUAUAAAACUUGCGUACGACCCGUACUGACAUACGCUACAGAAACCCGAGCACACACCAGUCGAACCAAAAAUAUCCCGCGAACAACGGAAAUGAAAAUACUGAGGAAUAUAGCAGGAUACACCCUAAGAGACAGGAAAAGGAACACUGACACAAGAAACGAGUGCGAGAUCGAGGACAUAGUCAGAUGGGGACGGAAGCGUCGUAGAGCCUGGAAUGACCACGUCACUCGAAUGAAUAUGGACAGGGUAGCAAAAAUACUGGCGGCUAGCGCCCCGGUUUCCACUUUGGCUUUGACAUUGUACGCGUACGCUUGGUUAUCUAAAAAAUUUUAUGCCUAA